AACACAGUUUAGCAAUAUAGAAUGGAGUCUCAGAAGAAAGAUGUGAUUGUGUCUGUUCAUAUGAAUCACGACGUUAGUACAGAUAUCAUUGAGAUGGUUGAACAACAGGAAAAAACUGAAACAGUAUCUUGUCAAAAUUAUGAUGAGUUUGUACACAAUGUCACGCUUGACACAACUGUUUUGGAUGGACUAAUAUCUAAGUGCUGCCUGACGAAUGAAGACAGCGAAGAUAUAAUGAAUGAACGACGCUUGUCAGAACGAAAUAGGAUGAUCCUGAACAUUCUUAUGGCCAGACCGUACGGUACCUUUCAAACCUUUUCAGAAGAACUUUUAGAAUUUGACCGAAGUAAAAUAGAUCUUGUGUCCAAAAUGAAGAACUACGAUUGUGAAGGCGAAUACAAUUUAGCUGUAUUUGAAGUAAUGAAUUUAAGCAGUCAUACCAUCAAACUACAAAAGAAUUUCAAAAUAUUGGUCAAUGAAUUAGCCACUACAAACACGAUAGUAGAUCAUCUCAUUAGUGACGAAGUAUUAUGCUUAGAAGACCAGGCUGAGGUGUGUGCCCAAGGUAACACCAAGGAACAAAGCAAUAGACUACUUUUAACUAAGCUGAUGUACAAGAACGCUGAUGCAUAUACACAUUUCCUUUCAGCUUUAGAAGAGGAUACUUGUUAUGAAGAACUUUCAAAACGUAUAAAGAACACUGAAGUUACCGAUGAGGACAAGAUAAAGAUACACAUUGGGAGAAUAACAGCAAAAGAAAAUAAAGAAAAACACACAAGAGAUAUACACAAACGUGAGCAAACUGAAAAUGUAAUACCAAGGAAUAUACAAGAUCAGCACAAUGUCCUUAUAGAGCAGUGGAGAAAUGAAGACGAUUCAUUUGUUUGCACCAGAGCAGCAGACGAAGUUUUGAAACGUAUUAGGAAUAAUAUUAGCGUUAUCGUAUCUGGAAAUUCAGGGGUUGGUAAGACAGCUACUAUGAGACAUGUAGCUUUAUUGUUAAAAAAAGAAGGAUAUCGUAUUAUUCCUACAUGUACUCCCAAAGAUUUGAGACGUUUUUCACAAAAAGGGGUCAAGACACUUUUUGUUAUUGAUGACAUAUGCGGUCAUUUUACUCUGAACGACAAUCAGGUAGACAAGUGGGAAGAAAUAUUAGCAAUUGUACAACCAUUUUUGGAACAGAAUCCGUGCAAGAUCAUUGCUACAUGUAGGUUGCAGGUAUUCAAAGAUGCAAAAUUCAAAGUCUUAUCCCUUUUCAAUUCAAGCGAAUGUAAUCUGAAUUCGGAGACAAUUAAGUUUACAAAAGAGGAAUUAUCGAAAUUAGCCGAAAUGUACUUCAAAGAACAUGCUGAUGAAGUAAAAGGUCUUUCUGAUCAGUUUGACUUUUUCCCCUUAUUAUGCAAGUUAUAUCAGAAAAGCAAUUGUAAGGAAAUCAAACAGUUCUUUCAUAACCCCUUCGAAUUUUACAGAAACGAAAUUGAGAGCUUGCGAAUUGAAGGAGAAGGUGGGAAGCUUAAGUAUUGCUGCCUUGUCCUUUGUGUAUUAUUCAACAACAGAAUCGCUGAAAAACAACUACAAAGUCAAGACAUACACACACAGGAUCUAAUGGAAAAAACAUUCAUCGAGUGCAAAUUAAACAAAGGCACAUCGGUUGAAUGUUUAAAAGACUCAUUUAAAACACUUGAAGAUACAUUACUUACUAAAGUAGAUGGAACCUACAGAACAAUUCACGACAAACUAUUUGAUUUUCUUGCCCAGAUUGUUGUACGCAAUAAUGUAGAUUUGUGUAUUUCAAAUUGUAGUAGUGAUUUUAUACGUGAGCGAUUCAUUUGGAAUCCAGUCUUUACCUCCCAAGAUAACACAAACCUCUCAAUUACAUUGUUUGACACGCAUGUUUAUAUCUAUAUACAUAGGUUGAUACAAGAUUGGACCAAAGGUCUCACUGCCAGUGUUUUUUGUAAUAUAAACAUGAAAAAUCAUGAAUUUAUCGACAAAUUAAUGAAAGCCUUAAACAACUUAGAUGCAUCAGAAAAGAAAAGAUUGGCACAAAAAACAGACAAUGAAAGCAGGGAUAGUCCGUUGUUGCUCAGCAGUUUCAUUGGAAACGUUUCGCUUACAAAAUGGUUACUAGAGAACACAGGAAUUCCUGCCAAAAGUAAAAACUUGAGGGAAGUCGUAUCGCGUGUGAAUAGAAACAACUAUUUACACCCACACAUAAAUAUGCAAAGGGAAAAUGGAACAACGUCAUUAUACAUUGCUUGCGAAAAUGGUCAUCUUGAACUUUUAAAAAUGCUUUUAAGAUAUGGAGCUGAUGCUACUAUAAAGAAAAAUACUGAUGAUUCGCCUCUCUCAGUGGCAUGUGAAAAUGGGCAUACAACUAUUGUUAAUGAAAUCCUCAGGAUCACCGAUGUAGACAAAGACUAUCAAAAUAAGAACGGAUAUUCACCGCUGUAUUUUGCUUGUCAAAAUGGACAUGCUCAAAUCGUGCAGAAUUUAUUAAUUCACAAAGCCAAUAUCAAUUUAUGUACCAAAUUAGAUGUUUCGCCAUUGUUUAUCGCAUGUGAAAAAGGCUACUUAUCAAUUGUGAAAAAUCUGUUGAGUUAUGGGGCUAAUAUUAAUCGUCAAAAUAAUACUGGCCAGGUACCAUUACAUGCUGCAUGCUACAAAAACCACUUAGAAGUUGUACGUAUGUUAUUGGAUAAAGAUAACAUAUCUGUUAAUAUACUCGAUAACAAAAACAUUUCGCCUUUGUAUGCAACGUGCCAGUGCUCGAAAGGCCAUUUUGAAGCCAUGGAACUAUUAUUGGAACACAAUGCCGACGUCAAUUUUGGGAGGCAACCACUAAUAAUGACAUGUGCAAAUGGUAACAUAAAGAUGUCAAAACAAUUGAUAGAACAUAAGGCAGAUGUUAAUUCAUGCCUCAGCGAUGGAGUAUCACCUCUUUUUAUAGCGUGUCAACAUCGUCAUUAUGAAACUGUGUGCCUACUCUUCCAAUACAAUGCAGACCCAAAUGUACAUCGUGAAAAUUGUGCAUCGCCACUUAUGAUUGCUAGCCAAAAUGGCGAUGUUGAGACCGUUGAAAAACUAUUGAAACAUGGAUGCAACAUUAACAGAUGCACAGCUGAUGGCGUAUCGUCUCUUUAUCUAGCAUCACAAAACGGUCAUUCCCAUGUUGUUUUUCAGUUGAUUGAAGCUGGGGCUAAUUUAGAUAUGUCAGACACAGACGGGAAAACAGCAUUAUUCAAAGCUUGUCAAAACGGACAUUUGGAAAUUGUUUUAAAGUUGUUAACUUGCAAAGCGAAUGCCCAUUUACGCAUGGUAAACAACGUUACACCUAUGGAGAUUGCUGAAAAAAACAAACAUUUAGAGAUAAUGAAAGUUUUGAAGAAGCAUGAAAUUGACGAAAAAAAACUGUCAUGGGAAUAAACUGAGAAUGGAAAUGGGGAAUAUGUCAAAAAGACAUCAACCCGACCAUAGAAAAGACAACAACAGAAGGUCACCAACUGGUCUUCAAUGUAGCGAGAAACCCCGCACCCAAAUGGGAAACAUUUUUGUGAUCAGAAAUUAACAAUGAGAAAGACAUCAAAGAACAUUUGAUACCACAUCUCCUGAUCCAUUUGAGAGAUAAUUUUCUUAUUUGACACAUAAUAAGUAAUGUACCAGGAAACGAGAGUGUUGACUGUUGUUCCCGAUUUGUACCUUUUUCCUUUUUAUAUAAAAAAAAGAAGAUGUUGUAUGAUUGCCAAAGAGACAACUCUCCUCAAGAAAAACCAAAUAACACAGAAAAAAAACUAUGUUUCACCGUAUGGCCUUGAACAAUGAGCAAAACCCAUACCACAUAGUCAGCUAUAAAAGGUCCCGAAGGGACAGAUUUAAAAAAAAAUUAAACGAGAAAACUCACGGCUUAAUUUAUGUUAUUGAAAUGAGAACAUUUAUAAUGUUGUCAAUAUAAUGCGAUCGUCACACAUGUACAUUUGAGAGGUUAACAAAUCUAUAAAACUAUG